AUUAGGGCACUUUCUCUCUGUAACUGAACUCUGGAGUGCCGAAGAGUUGACGCGGAGAGAGAGAAGACACCUAAAGCCACUACACCAGAGUCCACAGAGAGAGGGGAAGGAAGAGAGCUUCUGUAGUCUAUUUUCUCUUGAACCGCUAUGAAUGGCGAGGGGGAAGGGAAUGAAGCCGUGGAAAUGGAAAAAUCAAAAGAAUCUUUAGUCUUCAUGAUGGGCUACCUUCCUGGAGCUUCACCACAGCGGUCGCCCCUGCUUUCGCCGGCAGUCGUUCAGUCACCGGAUUCAAUCGGUUCUGGAGAUUCCUGGAAGGAUGUUUGUGGUGGUGGAUGUGGAUUCGCUAUGGCGAUUUCUGAGGCAGGAAAGCUUAUAACAUGGGGCUCAGCAGAUGAUCUAGGUCAAAGCUACGUGACUUCGGGAAAGCAUGGGGAAACUCCGAAACCCUUUCCUCUGCCUACUGAAGCUUCAAUAGUGACGGCUGCAGCAGGUUGGGCCCAUUGUAUCUCGGUUACAGACAGGGGAGAAGUCUACACAUGGGGUUGGAAAGAGUGUGUCCCCUCUGGAAAGGUCAUUGGAGAUUUGUCUGCCGGGCCCAGCACAGAGAAGGAUGUACUUGAAAAGCAGAGUUCAAUGUUAACUGAGCAAGUAAGCCCUAGAUCUCAAGGUACAAGAUCAGCCUCUGGAACAGUAUCUGGUUUUGACAACAGGGGAAGUGGAGAGGAAAGUACAAAGCGAAGAAGAACAUCAUCAGCAAAACAACCAGCUGAAAGCUCGACAUCUAGUGAUGAGACUCUCUCAGCAUUGCCAUGUCUUGUGACUUUAAGCCCGGGAGUGAGGAUUACCACUGUUGCUGCAGGUGGACGCCAUACAUUAGCAUUGUCAGUUUCAGAUAUAGGACAGGUGUGGGGUUGGGGCUAUGGAGGAGAAGGGCAGCUAGGUUUGGGUUCUCGGAUCCGUAUGGUGUCUUCUCCUCAUCCUGUUCCUUGCAUUGAGCCCUCUGGUUACGGAAAAGACAGAUCUUCAACGGCUCCUCCUGGAAGUAUAAAUUCAGAGGGACAAGUCUAUAAAGUUCCAGGAACCUAUGUGAAGGGAAUUGCCUGUGGAGGCCGACAUAGUGCUGUAAUAACAGAUGCUGGUGCACUACUUACUUUUGGUUGGGGACUUUAUGGACAGUGUGGGCAUGGAAGUACAGACGAUGAGUUGAGUCCAGAUUGUGUGUCAGCUCUCUUGGGUAUUCAGAUACGAGGAGUUGCUGCUGGACUGUGGCAUACAGUUUGCAUUUCAGUUGAAGGAGAUGUGUAUGCGUUUGGUGGAAAUCAGUUUGGGCAGUUGGGUACUGGUGCUGAUCAAGCUGAGACUCUUCCGAGACUCUUGGAUGCCCCAAGUUUGGAAGACAAGCAUGUGAAAAUUGUUUCUUGUGGGGCUCGCCACACUGCUGUACUCACAGAGGAUCGGAAAGUCUUCUGCUGGGGGUGGAACAAGUAUGGCCAGCUUGGUUUGGGUGAUGUCAUUGACCGCAACAUUCCUUCCCAAGUUAACAUCGAUAGUUGCCUCGUAAAGAAUCUUGCUUGUGGGUGGUGGCAUACAUUAUUGUUAGCUGAACCACCUACUUGAGACAAACUUCCUCAAAAGGAGCUGGCACAGUUUUGUAGGAUAGUACUCUCUUGAUUGAUGCGGCUGUUUUAUACCAUUUACCCAACAUAUGAAUUUUGUAAAUACAAGUUCCAUGUA